AUAUUAUCUAUUUGGAUUUAAAAAGAAACCGCUGUUUUGUGUUUAUUGAUUCUAUGUUAUUUUACAAUUCUUUUAAAACUCAGAUAUAAUGGCUAACGAAAUGAAAGUUUUUCUUCUUACAAAACAAGGACAAGAAGUCAUGGAAAGGCAGCGAAAGAAGCAAGUUUUACUGAGUGACCCAAAGGCAGUUUAUCAAGACCAUUUUGUUUCAGUUCGUCCAGAUUGCCUUGUGGUAAAAAAGUACUUUAUUCCGUCAAUGCUACCGUUUGAAUUUCAUUGGGAUAAAAUUGAGACGAUGACUUACCUACCCCAAAACAAUGAGAAUAAGCUAUUGGUACCUAAUAGAGGACAGGACCAAGAAGGACGGUGGUGGGCGACAGAUGUUUUACGACCUCAUGAAAGAGAACUGCAUUUGUACAACGUUCGAAUUGACGUGGCAGACACGGAACCUUCAAAGUCUGGAUUUACAGUGAUUCACAUUGACCAGUUUCUAAAAUCGUGCCGACAUCUGUUACCGUACUCGUGCAAGUUGUCCGGAUGUGUGUGGUCUGAGUAGCUGGACAAUGAUCGUAUAAAUGAGAAUUACUGCCUUUCAUGUGUAAUGAAUAAUUUAAGAUAAG